UUGGUUCACGUGUCUUUUUGAUGUGAAAUCUUUAAUGAUUUUUAUAAAGUUAAUGUAAGAAUAACUUUAAUAUUGUUUGUUAGUUAAACAUUUACUGGACUUAGGUUUCAACUUCCCAGAUAGCAAAAUAUACUCGGGCCAGUUUCGGUUAGUUUCUCGCCUGCCCGGAGAUUUACCACUCGGCCCAGGUUUACAUGAUAUUCAUACAUUUUAGAAAGUAUGAUAAUUUUUUUUUUUUUUUGUACAUCUCUCAAUCUCGGAUGAUGAAGUUUCAACUCGCACACAACUGACAGGACAGGAGUGGCAAACAAAACCGCUGUUGAUAUGACAGCGCUGAUACAGAGGACCCACCUUCCCUGAGCGAAAUGCACCUGCUCCUUUUCUGUACUGUCAUCGAUCAUUCUCCCUAAGGAUACACCCUCAGGUGUUAAUUAAUACAAAGACUCUACGCGGCGCGUCACCACCGGCUUCCUCUCGGUUCUGAAAAGGUAAGUUUAUUAAGAUUUAUUGAGAUGGAUGACUUUUAAAUUGCGCUGUGUGUGUGUAGAUCCCACAAGGUUGGAAGUGCGUAAACCAAAACUAAUAACACUUUGUAUUAGCUUUGGCCAAAUGUUGUUAUUAGUGACUGGCCUUUUUUUUGUCGGGGCGCAAUCUGUUGAGAUUCGUGUCGGCGCCCUUUUUGUAGGUGUAUACAGUCAGCUAUCAUAAAGGGCGAACGCAAACAACGAGAUUGAUAUUCAUGAACCCAACCAGCUAAAAGCACCUUCUCAGCAUAAGAGCGACCUGUAGGUAUAGCUAUAGCAGUGAAGUGGACACGACAGUUUGCAAAGAAAGUCGUGAGCAAAAAAGUAAAACACUAAUCUUUGACUAGCCUGUUAUAUGUUAAUGCUGUUAAAAUAUUAUUAUUAUUAUUGGCAAUGUGUUUACGCACAGAAUGACUAACGUAGCCUAUCAUGUACAUUACAACCAUUACAAUUUUAUAAUAGCCUUAUUCUUGUUAUUAGGACAUACUUUUUAAUACAAAUUUUUACAAUCAUAUCAAAAAAUAUUGAUUUGUCACAUAUUCUUACCACACACAUUCUUUAAAACUGUCAUAUUGUGAAAUGAGGCAGGUGAUUUAGAAUGUGUCCCACCCCCUUUUCAGACAAUUCAGAUGCCUCUGCUUUAUUACACACAAUACAAACCUUUGAUGUUGAUGGACACCUGGUAUUGAAGCACAUAUGUCAUGUCAAUUCAAGUAAAGGGGUUGCUUCAUAACGUUGUCAAAGGAAAUUCUUUACCAGAUCAAGUGACAUUUCCUAGUGUUUAAGCCUUAUAUUAUGUAUUAUGAUGAUAAUGGGGUUUUAAAACGAGAGGGCUGGUUGCAUAAUCUGCUAAGACUGUAGUCUUACAAGUUAGUCAUCUUCUUUUUUUUUUUUUUUUCUUUUUUUUUUUUUUGACUGUUCAUAACUUUAAGUUAGUUAUAAAAAAAAACUUAGAUUGGUCUAAUUUGAUACCGAAAAUCGGUAAGACUGACUGUUGCUUGACUUAUGCUGCUUUCAUGUGUUUUUGGAAAUUUGAUAAUUCCCAUUUCUGAAGUCGUGAAUAUGUGCUUAUCACAUUCAACUUUCGAAAUGCAUUCAUGUGCAAAUUUUACCUAGGAAACUCGCAUUUACAAUAAUUCUGAGAGCAUGUGAUGGCAGCAUAACUGCUAAAGGGAUAGUUCACUCAAAAAAAAAAAGUUUGCUGUUAAAGAGAUAGUUCACGCAAAAUGAAAAUUUGCUGUUAAUUUACUCACCCUCAGGCCAUCCAAGAUGUAGGUGACUUUUUUCUUCAGUAGAACAGUAAAGAUUUUUAGCUGAAACCGUGGUCCUCGGUGAUUCAUAUAAUGGAAGUCAAUGGGUGCCGUCACUUUGGAAUUAAAGGGUUAGUUCACCCAAAAAUUAAAUUUCUGUCAUUAAUUACUUAAUUAAAUGUCGUUCCAAACCUAUAAGACAUCUAUAAGUUCAUCUUCGGAACACAAAUUAGGAUAUUUUGAUGAAAUCCGAGAUCUUCUGACCUUCCUAUAAACAGCAAUGUCAUAACCACUUUCAAGACCCAGAAAGGUAGUAAAGACAACAUUAAAAUAGUCCAUGUGACUACAGUGGUUCAACCUGAAUGUUAUGAAGCGACGAGAAUACUUUUCGUGUGCCAAAAGGUCUUACAGGUUUGGAACGACAUGAAGGGUGAGUAAUAAAUGACAGAAAUUUCAUUUUUGGGUUAACUAACCCUUUAAAAAACAUGUAGACAAAACAAAAUGAAUACCCACGGCUCCUGACGAAACACUGAGGUCGUAAGAAGUGAAACGAUCGGUCUACACAAGAAACUGAACAUUAUUUACAAAAUUAUUACCUGUAAUCUUCAGCCUUGGAAAAUGGUCCUGAGCGUGUUCAUGGCAAUCUGUAGCAUGAGCUUCCUGAUGCAUAAUGACGUAUUUGGGGGAGCAAACUCUGACGUGAGCUGACGGUAUGUUUGUUUACAACAGAGAGGGAGGAUGCAAGUGUUGUAUUGUUCAUCAAAGUGGUACUUGUGCUUAUCCUGGAUGCAGUAACCUAUAUAUGUGUGAUCUCAAUCGGGAAGAUUGACUUUUCACAGAUUCUCAACGUUUGAGCUCCCACGCAUACAUCAACCUCAGUAAGAAUAUGUUAAAAACUACAAAACAAUAGGUAAAGUUUUGCAUUGCAUGUGUGUUUUACAGCAAAAAUGUGUUUAUGAAUUUAUGUGGAUUCAUGUAUACUAUUAUAAUUUACAUCUUUUUUCAUAUUUCCUUUUUGUAACAAAAAAAAAAAAAUAAUGAUGUAAAGAUUAACAUAUUUUUCUUUUUCCAUUUGCUGUGUAUGUCUCCUUGUCCUUAGGUGCCAAAUGACAUGAUUUGUGUUUCCAAACAGGACGUACAUGGAGAGCUCAGAGAGUAACUCUGCUGGCAGCAGCAGCAGCAUAGAGGUUAAUCACUCCGAGACGGUUUGCAAAACCCUCUUUGAAAGUCUGGAGUCUGAGUUUGAAUUUAAACAGCAACUCUGCAAGAAAGAUAUUGAAAAACUUUUGACUACCAAUCCAAAGGUCUUUAAACACUGUAAACUUGAAAUAGAAAGACAUGAUCAGGCAUAUGCCAGGCCUCUUGAUGACCCAAUGCUCUCUAUCAAAAUCUAUGGCAGAGAAAAUGUGGGCAGAUCUUUUCCUGGAGAUGAAGUCUGUGUAGAGAUCUUGAGCAGAGAACGAUGUCUGCGGGAAGGUGAAGUGGUAAAAGGGCGGGUCGUUGGAUUAAUAAAUAGAGAUGAAAACUCAUUAACCUUCAUCUGUAAAAUGGUGGAAGACAAUCCAAAAUAUGUUACACCCAUUAACAAACGCAUAACCAGAAUGCGUACAGUUCAAAAGCAGAGAGACAAAAUUGAAGUACGAGAAUUCAGAUGCGGACGCUGGGUUAGAAAGGAAUUUGUAAACAUAGCUGAGAAUCAAAUGUUAGUUGUCAAGGUUUUAAAAUGGGAAAAUAUGAAAACAUUCCCUCUCGCUGUGGUUACAAAAGUAAUUCCAGAGUGUGAUGCUUUGAAUGAAAUGCUAGGCCUUGAACUUGGCUCUGAAGACACACCUCCACCAUUCAAACUACAAGUACCUGAAGACGAUAUGGCUUCAGAAAGGAAGGAUUUGUGUGACAUUAUCACUUUCACCAUUGACCCAACUACAGCUCAUGACCUGGAUGAUGCCAUUAGUGUGACUGAAAUGGGCGAUUCCUACCAGAUUGGUGUUCACAUCACAGACGUCGCAAGUUGCAUUACCAAAAAUAGCAAGCAAGACAAAUUCGCUAGACAGCGCGGCAGAACAAUUUACACUUCAGAGAAGGGAGAUGUAGCCUUCAUGUUCUCAAGAGAGCUGAGCAAUGACCAUUUGAGUUUGAUGCUUGAAAAAGAUCGGAAAGCCAUAUCCUUGCUGAUAGACGUUGACAAGAAAACAAGUAAUAUACUAAACUGUGAAUUUUAUCCAACCCGCAUUAGGUCUGACAGACAGAUGUCAUACGAAGAGGCAGACCAAAUUAUUCAGAAGUACUACUGCCCGGAUGACACAAAGCCUCUGCGGUUCUCUUGCGUGGAGGAUUGUGUAGCUGUUGCAUACCAUUUCUCUGAGGUGCACCGAAAAUGCAGACUGGAAGGCAGAUGGCCAUUUAGGAGGCAGGCAGGGCAAAGUCGCUCUCACGCCAUGGUGGAGGAACUAAUGAAUCUCUACAAUAGUGCCGCCGCUGAAAAACUCAUAUCUACAGAAGUCACAAAAGAUCUCACACCAAUGAGGUGUCACCGGGAGCCAGACCCAGAACGACUGAUCCAGUUUAGAAAGAAAUACAUUGACCAAAUUCCCAUGUCACUUUACUUUUCAAAUAUCUUUGAGGUAGAUACUGAAAAUAGUGAAAAGGAUGUUAGGUCCAAUCCAGAAUAUGACAAUAUGGAGCAUGCAGGCAUAUCAUUUAACAUUUUCACCUCCAUAUUUCACAAGAUGGAAGCGUUUGCACGGAGCAAAGACUACUAUAAUCUGAUGCAGUUAAUUUUUUCAGAUGAAAUCCAUCCGACAUUUGUCCCCAUGGUGCAGGAGUUUCGUGAAAUUCAGAAGAAAGCCUUCAUCCUUCGUUCGUGCUCCUCAACAGAUUCCAGGUUGGGUCACUAUGAUUUACAUCUUAACGCCUACACCUGGGCGUCAUCUCCUAUGAGGCGUUAUCUGGACCUUAUCUUGCAGAGACUUCUGCACACCAUGCUCUCUAAGAAAAACCGAAGGCAAGCUGACUACACAAAAAAUGAAAUCAGAGAGUUUUGUCAGUCUGGAAUGGAUGCAGAAGAGAAGGAGGCUCUGGUGUUGAGACUAAGAAAGGUUCAGUUUGAACCCAAAGAUGUGGUCAAACUUGCAGUGGUGGACCAGAUCACUCCGCAGGGGCAUGAAUUCACAAUAUCGUUCCCUCUAAAUCCUAUGUUAGAGGUGAUUACUAUCAUGUACAAGCAUCUCAAAGUUGUGGAUCAGCCGAGUUACAAUGAGGACAAGAACUCCAUGACUCUUAAGUGGAAGAGGAGAGCGUAUUCGUUCGGCGAAUCAUUCAAGUUUUCAGACCCAUCAAAGCCCAUGAAAAAUGUGACUCCAGUGUCAAGUGUCAUGUGGAAAAGACUGGUAUCUGCCGUAAAACAGCAGGAUUGGGUUAAGAUUGAUCAAUGCCUCCGAGACAUGAAAAGAGGAGAGAAUGAGAAUGAAGAAACUAGAAGGCUGACAACUGAUGUUUGUUCAGAGGAACAACGCCAUUACAAGGAACCCACCAUGGAGCUGAAAUCAGGCACGGUUGUUCAGGUGCAACUUGGAACCGAACUCAAAGAUGGCUUUCCAGUUCCUGUAGUUCUACUGCUGAACAUUAAUGAAUGCUUUGAGAUCUGUUUGGAGCACACAAGAAACCCUACUGAGUGCUUCUCCAAAGCAGUAUGCAAUGCAUCUAAGACUGAAUAUAAGAGCUACAAGGAGUACCAGAACAUCUGGAGACAACUGUGUCAGAUAGACACCGCCUACAAUGCUUUAGAAGAAAAUAACAAUGUCAUCUUAGAGAAUGUGCAUAUAAAAUGGAGCGGAGAUGAAACAAAUCUCCAAGGGUUUUUUUAUAUAACCAAGACUCAGAAAAAGGAAUGGUCUCUGGAGUUUGACCUUACAAACUGCUUCUUGUGCAUCAGACUAAGACAUCAGAAACCAGAGAACAAUGAGAAUAAUGCAAAACAUUUGAAUGGAUCUGCAGUUUCAGAUCUGCAGGGUUCACUACCUUUCACAUGGGUUGCACAUGCAGUAACCAGCAAAACAAAGAAAAAGAAGGAUACAGACAAUGAAGACCGGAUUAAUUUUCAGAUCACACAAAGAUCUAUGAGUUACAUCCCACCCAAGGUUUAUGCCCAGGGAACAAACUUCACCAUAGAGGUCAUUCCCAAAAAAAUUCCAUAUGUGCUCAGGGAACAAGCGAUUGCUAACCUAAAACUGGCUAAUAACCUGGUGAAGAAUGUCGCCACUCGACAACUUGAACUGAAUGAUGGUGGUGCUGAGCCUUAUGUAACAAGGUCAGAGAGGAAUCCACCAUGCUCCGAUUGGGAAUAUGAUGAUAUAGAAAAUAUCAGCUUGUACAAUGUGGACGAAAACCUGAACCUGCCACCUCUGAAUAAGAGCCAGAAGAAGGCUGUUGAGGAAGCUAUGAUGAAACCUUUUACUGUGAUUCAAGGCCCACCAGGUACAGGGAAAACAGUGGUUGGUAUUCACAUUGUUUACCAGUUUUUCAUGAAGAACAAAGACUUUCUGGCCUCGUCCGAAUCUUCCAAAUCAACCCCUGAUGAGAAACCCCCAAAAAAGCCUGCCAUCCUGUACUGCGGACCUUCAAACAAGUCUGUGGACAUUGUUGCAGAGCAGUUGCUAAAACUCAGAGGAGUCCUAAAGCCUCUGAGAAUCUACUGUGACCAGAUGGAAAUGCGUGAAUUUCCAUAUCCAGGCAGUAACAUGAAGCUUUGCCGCAGAUCCCUCCGUGAUGAAAAACCAAAGGAGGAGCUCAGGGAUAUUACUCUGAUGUACCUUGUCCGUAAAGCUGAAAAUCCUAUUUCGGAAAAAAUAACAGACUUGGCUGGGCACUUAACAGAGGAUAAAAUAGAUGAGUACAGGGACGUUUUGAAGGAAGCUCAUCAGCAUGAGAUUAAGAAGUGUGAUGUAGUUCUGUGCACCUGCGCCUCAGCAUUGAAACCCGAAAUCCGGGAGGUCAUGGAUUUCCGGCAGAUACUCAUUGAUGAAUGUGCCAUGGCAACAGAGCCAGAGGCCUUCAUCCCUUUAGUUUCCUACAAUCCACAGCAGAUUGUUUUGCUGGGUGACCACAAACAGAUACGGCCGAUAGUGCAGUGUGCCCUUGUGAAAAAGAUGGGCAUGCAGCAGUCUCUGUUUGAACGCUACAUGGAUCUGGCCAUAAUGUUGGACACUCAGUACAGAAUGCAUGAAGAAAUUUGCAGGUUUCCUUCAGAAGAGUUUUAUAAUGGCAAACUGAAAACCGGAGCUGAACGAGGACCCCCCUGCCUUCUUAACAAGUACGGACUGCCAACGGCGAUCUUGUUUGGCCACGUCCAAGGUGAAGAAGUCAGUUUAGUGGUAUCUACAGAAAAGGGCAAUGAGAACUCAGUGGCCAACACUGAGGAGGCAGAGCAGGCUGUCAAUGUGGCACAUUUGUUGAUUAAAAAAUCACACGUACCACCUCAGAGUAUUGCGAUUCUGACUCCUUACAAUGCACAGGUGUCAGAGAUCAAAAAGACAAUGGAGAAGAGGGGUAUUACAAACGUCACCGUUUGCACAAUUAUGAAAAGCCAAGGAAGCGAGUGGCCGUAUGUGAUCGUCUCCACUGUUCGUUCCUGCUCCAUAUCUGACAUUGAAAGCUACACACCAGGUAAAACAUGGCUUGGAAAAAGACUCGGAUUCAUCACUGAUCCAAAUCAGGUCAAUGUUGCCAUAACUCGUGCACAGGAUGGACUGUGCAUUCUGGGUAAUAGUGACCUGUUGAGAUGCUGUAAACUUUGGAACAGACUCCUGCAACACUAUUACAGAAAGAACUGUGUGGUGAACCCAGCUAAUGACAUUCAGGUCAAAGCACUGCCGAAAAAGAAGACGAAUAAGAAACAGAAAGAGUGUCAUGGCAGCGGAUAAGUUUAGUAUGGCUCUAAUGUAGCAUUAAGUGGAUUUGCACAAUAAUAGUUUUAUGAAUGUUUUACAUAAAUUCAUGAUGUUUCAUGAAUGGGGUCUAUUGUGUGUGAUGUACCAGAAACUUUUAAAUGACAAAAUCCACCACUAAGUGCAAAUUUGCUUUUACAGGUUUUUACUUUUUGAAUUUGAUACAUACAUAAUUCUGUAUAUUGUGUAUUUUCUAUAUUUCUAUUGUAUUGUAUUUAAUUUUAUUGCCUAUUUUUUUUAUUAUUGUAUUAUAUUCCUUUUUAUAACCCCACACCAUAAUCCCCCCUCCACCAAACUUUACACUUGGCACAAUGCAGUCAGGCAAGUACCGUUCUCCUGGCAACCGCCAAACCCAGACUCGUCCAUCGGAUUGCCAGACAGAGAAGCGUGAUGCGUCACUCCAGAGAACAUGUCUCCACUGCUCUAGAGUCCAGUGACAGCGUGCUUUACACCACUGCAUCCGACGCUUUGCAUUACACUUGGUGAUGUAAGGCUUGGAUGCAGCUGCUCGGCCAUGGAAACCCAUUCCAUGAAGCUCUCUACACACUGUUCUUGAGCUAAUCUGAAGGCCACACGAAGUUUGGAGGUCUGUAGCUAUGGACUCUGCAGAAAGUUGGUGUCUUCUGCGCACUGUGCGCCUCAGCAUGCUCUGACCCCGCUCUGUUAUUUUAUGUGGCUGAGUUGCUGUUGUUCCCAAUUGCUUCCACUUUGUUAUGAUACCACUAACAGUUGACCGUGGAAUAUUUAGUAGUGAGGAAAUUUCACGAAUGGACACAGGUGGCAACCUAUCACGGUACCAUGCUUGAAUUCACUGAGCUCCUGAGAGCGACCCAUUCUUUCACAAAUGUUUGUAGAAGCAGUCUGCAUGCCUAGGUGCUUGAUUUUAUACACCUGUGGCCAUGGAAGUGAUUGGAACACCUGAAUUCAAUGAUUUGGAGGGGUGUCCCAAUACUUUUGGCAAUAUAGUGUGUGACAGUGGGUCUCUGAGGGUUAAAGUUUGAUUCUCUAACAAUGUGUACAGGCAGGGGAAUCCAUACUGUGUCCUUGUUAAAUGAGUACCUAGCACAAAUAUAAACAGUAACAAACCACUUUUCUCUGAGCUUAAGAACACCCUUUAUCUGUGUUAUAAUCACUGUAACGUGUUCCUUUGAUGGCUUAUUGCUCUAUUUUAUGUUCAUCCCGCUUUGCUUUGCUGUUCAAUUCAGUCUGAUUUACAUGGUCUCAUGCUCACCUUGUCUCUCUCUCUCUCUCUGUCCAUCUUUCCCUCAGUGAGUCAGAAAGUGUCAUUGAAAUGCUGUGAGUGGCUCUUUGUGGCAGACUCUGUAAUUGUGCUGUCAUACAGUUGAUGCUCGCUCUCUCUCUCUCUCUCUGUGUGUGUGUGUGAUAUACAUUAAAGGGUUAGUUCACCCAAAAAUGAAAAUAA